AUGCUGUCCUCCUUAGCAUUCCUCAGUGCCGUCGUCGACGCUUGCUGCCUCCGUGUGGUGGUCGAGGUCGUUCAUGGGCGUGGUGGCGUGAGUAGGAAAGAACACUCCGGCGUGAUCGAGAUCGGAUGUGGCAUAUGUGCGGCCAGCCUCCGAGUGACUAGCGCUAUAGCGGCAUUCAACAUUGUUCGCUACUACAUUAUCCGCGGCAAGGCACACGAUAAAGCCUCCGCUAAUCACGCUCAGACAUCCACCGUCUACGGCUCAGACCUGCGGGCAUGUAACACAUUGAUCAUGGAAACGACGAUGGUGUUCUCUACCUUGAGCCUCACGGGCGAGAACAUACCGGAGGCCAUCACCCUAUCCAGACCAGACGACUUCCCAUGUCGUCAAUUCGACUUUCACCGCAGUGCAUACCGACCAGACUGGAAGCAAUCGACACGUUCACAGGACGGCCGUUUAUCUCUGAUAAUAGAGCGUAUAGCCUGCGGUCGAUCUGCUGUAGUCUACUCCGCUGAGAUCGUGACCACGUCAGAGAAGGGCAAUAUUCCCUCAAGUCCACAUCCGCACGAGCAGCAGCUCUGCGUAAAGAUCGCGCGACCCAAUCGCUGUCGCACACUCGCGCGGGAAGCGUGGAUAUAUGACCAGUUGACCCUCGGCCAGUUGCAAGGCGUCAUCGCGCCGAUGGAAGCCAGACCCAGAAGCGCCACUACACUUACACUGGAGAUGACGAUCAGGAUGAGGUUACACAAGAGGACUGGCAUCCGUGCGAUGCUGGACGACCUGUCGGACAUGUACCUCAAGCAUUGCGACCUACGUCCGAAUAAUCUCGUGCGUGCACCCACUGGCACGAAGCCAUAUCUCAUCGACUUCGCCCAUUUCCGACGACAGCAAUGGGGACGAGGACGCGAAGCUGCGUCUCAUACGCAAGUCGCAGCGCGAAUGCUAUCGAGGCGUGUAUUUCUGGUAUGGUUGUUGCCCUUGAGCUAUUAUCCAAAUUGGUGCGAUCGAUCAGUCAACAUCGCUCGGCCCAUAUUCGCGCUCCUGCUCAUGUGCCUGGGCGUCCUCCAACCUUGGCGAAGAUAA